AUGGCACCCACAACAAUGAAAGCCAUCCAAAUCCAACAAUACAAUGAAUCCUACCAUAUCUCCGAAGUGCCCGUUCCCAAAGCAAAGCCACACCAGGUUCUGGUCCGCAUCCAAGCCGCGGGGUUCUGUCAUACAGACCUCAUGGCAUUGAACAAUAAAUUUAACACAACGCUGCCCUUCAUCGGAUCCCACGAGCCCGCCGGAGUCAUCGAAGAGGUAGGCUCGGAGGUUACAGGCUUCCAGCGAGGUGAUAGAGUGGGUUGUAUCAAUUUCGAUAGCGUCUGUGGUAAAUGCGCGGAUUGCAAAGCGGGUCUCCCGAUCUACUGCGAUGCGCCUCUAAUGAAGGGUAUUACGACAGAUGGCGGCUGGGCAGAGUAUAUGGUUGCCGACGCUCGCUUUUUGGUCAAACUCCCAGAUGACAUGGAGUUCAAGGUUGCUGCGCCGUUGAUGUGUGCGGGUAUUAGUAUCUAUGGAGGGAUUGUUCGUGCGGACGUCCCCGAGGGCGGGUCGAUUGGGAUUGUUGGGAUCGGUGGAUUGGGCCAUCUUGGGACACAGGUUGCGAAGUGCAUGGGCUACAAGGUGGCGGCAAUCGACGUGAAACAGUCCGCUCUAGAUGCAGUAGCAUCUUAUGAGCAUAGCCCCGACGUUUUGAUUCUGGCUACGGAUUCAGUUGAGAAGUCCCUGGACAAGAUCAACGGGAUGAUUUCCUCGGAUUACCCCGGGCUGGAUGCCACCGUGCUUGCGACGGAUCAUCCAGCUGCGUUUGAGCUGGCGGCGGCUCUGACCAGGAAACAUGGAACCAUGGUGCUUUUGGGUCAGCCUGAGAAGGGGAUUACCAUGUCUUAUCAGACGGUCAUCUAUAAGGAUAUCAAGCUGGUUGGCUCUUUGGUGGCUGAUACUGCGCAGGCGCAGGAGCUGGUCGAGUUGUUCCAUCGGAAUAGGCUUCAUGUUGAGAUCACGGAGUGGAAGAUGGAGGAAGCUGAGCAGAUGAGGCAGUGGUAUUGCUCGGGAGCAUCGAGUGGGAAGAAUGUCAUAGUGAUAGAGUAG